AUGCUCAGUACCAAAGCAUUUUACAUUUGCUUUUCAGAACUGAACAAAACAUCUUUUGCACGAGUACACCCGAUAGUUAGGCCUUGUGGUGGGUAUUAUAUGACAAUGACGUAUAACAAGUCUGAAGCAAUUUUGUUCGAGACCUUCGACGAGGACACCGAAUCAAAGACAUUUCGACUCAGACUUGUUGAACCAAAUAAAACGACUAAGCAAACACAGUACGUCAAUAUCGACCCAUUUCCACCAAAUAAUAUCUAUAUCUCAACAUGCGUCCAAUUGUCCGUUCGAUUUCGACUCCAGAACAAACGAUUUGAAUGUUUGGUCUGUCAAAGCUUAGCACCGCCCCCUGAAGAGAUGACGAAGAAAAUCUCGGAGUACUUCUUUAGUAUUGGGGAAGUAUUUUCGGGCAAACAUACCAAAUACGGACAACUUGUUGUGAUCAAUUGCGCACAGCAUUUCCUCUUUAAGGAAAAUUUAACAGGGAUUUUUAAUAUAGGAACAUAUGCAGUGCCGUUUAAACCGAUUCACUACGUCGCACUGUUGAAUGAAAUACCAAAUGUCGACGUGAUCCCAGGUACACCGUAUUUCAAAGCUAUCAUUCACCAAAACUUCGAGAACUCAACGUGCUUCAAAUUUAAACAGGGGGUAUUUGGAUUCAAAAUUGAGGCAGUCUGGCUCAACGCACCAAGCGCAAAAACAAUUUGUGGGGAGUGGUGGCUUAAAGUACUUGAUGACGGGAAUGUGGUCUUUGGCGAAGAGAAAGAAGCCGACGAAUUUUGUAUAUCGGGAGGUAGACUUGACAUCAUCAAAGACGGAAAAAUUAGAAACUUUGUCGGUCUUGGCGAGAGGAGAGACGAGAUGAGCUUCUUCUUAGCAACAUGUCCUUUGGACUUAUUAACAUUUCGACUCGAAAUUAAAGCGUUGACAUCUACGGAUGGGUAUGAACAUCACUCUCUCCCGUUGAAUGAAGAACAAUUGACUCUAUGA